AUAGAAAGUAACUUCUCUUGUGGAGGAAGAAAAUGGCUCACGCUGUGGACCUAUUUGACUGCUCCGUAUGUUUGGGAUUAUUGGAGGAUCCAGUGACUACUACUUGUGGACACAGCUACUGUAUGAAAUGUAUCAAUACUUUCUGGGAUACAAAACAUGACAGUAAAGAAACUUACAGCUGCCCUCAGUGCAGGCAGACUUUUAACAGAAGGCCUGUUUUGAAGAGGAACACCAUUCUGGCUAACUUGUUAGAGGAACAUAAGAAAACAACCAGACAAGGAGCUGCUCCUACCGUAGCUUCUGAUGAUAACAUCUAUGCUGCACCUGGGGAUGUGCAGUGUGACUUUUGCACAGGGAGGAAACUCAAAGCUCACAUGUUUUGUCAGGUGUGUUUAGCCUCUUACUGUGAGGCUCACCUGGAACCUCAUUUUCAGGUGCCACCGCUACAAAAGCACAAACUAGUAAAAGCUUCUACGAGGAUCAAAGAAAGCAUCUGCAGUCGUCAUGACAAACUUCAGGAGCUUUACUGCCGCACCGAUCGGCAGUUCCUGUGUCUCAUGUGUGCGGUGGAUGAACACAAAGGCCAUAACACUAUAUCCGUCACAGAAGAAAAGCAAGAAAUGCAGAGACACCUGGAAAAGACCAAAUGGGUAAUCACAGACAGAGUGCUGGCUUCAGAGGCCAAAAUGGAAAAGCUAAUGGAAGCUGCAGGCUCUAUAAGAGACGCUGCCUGGGAGGUGUGUGAUGAGUUUGAGCGGGUCUGUGAGGAACGUAUCCUGCUGUACACCCACUUCCUGAGGAAGAAGUGCUCUGAGAUGAGAGAGAAAGUUGGAGAGGCUGAGAAAGCUGGAGUGGACUGGACCGAACACCACCUCGGGCAGCUGAAGCGUGAAGUGUCUGAGUUAAGGAGGAGAGAGAGUAAAAUCUGUCAGCUUUCACAAACAGAGGAUCCCAUUCAGUUUCUUCAGGGCUUCCAAACCCUGGGUGACCUCCCUGUGCUCACAGACUCACACAGAGAGCUUGACAACUUGACAAAGUUUGUCACUGCACAAAAGAAUAAAAUGAAAAAGAUGUGCAAUGAAGAAAAAAGGGAUCUGACGGAUUAUUCUGGAAAAAUCAUCAUGUCAAGAAGGACAAGGCCGCAGGAGGGACGGACAAGGCCGCAGGAGGGACGGACAAGGACAGAACUUGUGAUGAAAUAUAAGAACUCCAACAUCGAGGUGGAUCCUGACACUGUAGCAGCUUGUCUUUACCUCUCUGAUACAAAGAAAGAGAUAUCAUGGUGUGACAAGGACCAGGCUCAUCCAGAUCACCCUGACAGAUUCACAUACUUUUACCAGGCUUUGUGUAAAAAGGGCCUCAGAGGAAACCACUACUGGGAGGUGGAGUGGGAUGGUGGCAUAGUUGAGGUGGCUGUGUCGUACAGAGGGAUAGGUAGAAAGGGUUCAGGGAAAGAUUGCUGUUUUGGCCACAAUGCUCUGUCCUGGAAAUUAAUCUGCUCUCCUUCUGGUUGCACGUUCUGGCACAAUAAUCUUCACAAAGGUCAAAUUCCUCCGGCUGUCUCCCGCAAAGUAGGGGUACACCUUAAUUAUGAAGAGGGAACGCUGGCUUUUUACAGCGUAUCUGGGGUUGAAAGUUUGACACUGCUGCACCAAAUCCAGACAACCUUCACCGAGCCCCUCUAUCCCGGGUUUUCUGUGGAUCUUGGUGCAACACUGAAAAUAAGCAACAUCUGAGAUCGUGCACAGUUUCCAAUGUUAAUGUAUUGAUCGACAAAGUGAUAAAAUGAUCUCUGAGUCCUCUUUUCCUAGUAAAAAAGUGAAGAAUCAAAGAGGCCUUUAUAUCCACAUAUAGACUCAUGUCAUAAUAACAAAGUCAUAUUUUUCUUAGCAUUUUUUGACUGUCAUAACUUUAUACAAGAGCCCAGAGUCCCAUAAAAUUUUAACCACUAAAAAAAAAUUUGGUUUAAAAAAAUUAAACCAAAUAAAAUGUAUAUCUUAUUUGUUGUUUAUGUUUAGGAUGAUUUCUUUUCUAUAACCAACUUUGAGCGUCAAUAUUAGGAGACAUAUCAUCGUUUAAACAACAGAGCUGUAAUAGUUCAGUGUCAAUUAUGCAUUAACAGAAACGAGGACGGUACCUUGGAUGCUUUGUCCUUUUUUCCUGAUAAUUCACUGGAGAAACCUUCACAAAAUUACAUAUAGUUAUAUAAUGUUUAUUUACUAUUUGUAUUGAAAUUUAUCCUGAUAUAAGAUGCAAUAAUUUAAAGGUAGUUAUACUCUUUAAAUGUUUAUAUAUUUUUCAAAGUGACGGUUAAAAACAGAUUACGUUAUUCUGUUUGUGUCAUGUCUAAAAUUGAUCACGUUUAAGCACACUUUGUUUGGAAAAGAGGUUAAUAGCUUUAAGUCUGAUUUUCAUUGUGAGGAGAGCUUGAAAUAUGAUUGCUUUGUAAUUGCAGCUACUGUUCAGUCACGUAAACAGAGUCAUUGCUUUAGCUAAACUGCCUUAAAGUAAGGACCAUGCAUACUAAUAAUAAUAUUCUUUAUUGAGUUUAUUGUACUAAUAUUCACCUUUUCAAUAUAGAAAUGUCACAGUUUACUCCUGAAUUCACAUUUAUGUAAAUAAAACAAAGCUCACAAUUCAUGACGUUUAAUUAAAUACACAAUAUACGUGUUAAUAAAUAAAAUAUGCACACUUCAUAUAUUACAUUUUUACAUUUUUACAAUUUAGUCAAUCACUAUAAAUUUUGACUCGGUAACAAAGUGCUAGCACCAGUAACAGAGGACAUUUUAGAGAAAUCAUUCAUAAAAUGCAGUCGGUGCGGUCUACAGUGUCGUAGAAGCGCAGACAGGCCUUGUAAUGCAGCAGCUUCUCAGUCAGAGGGCUGAUGGUCAGCGCUUUGCCCUGAACGCUUAGGUCCACGUACCUGCACAACAUUAAUGUAACAAGAAAUACACUUAGAGCUGUGAUACUUUUUUUUCUUUUUACAAAUAUACUUGUAAAAACAUGCUUUGAAUAAAAAGUUUACACUGAAACUGUUUAGUUAUCAUGUUUCUUAUAUCAAACUCUAUGUAUGUGUUUUUGCUAAAACAUCAAAUUCUUUACCAGCUGUUGAUAUGAACCUACAACAGACUGUGAUGGACAUGGAACAAUCUAAACUUUAUUGGAUCAUCGUCUACCUGUUUUACUGUACCUGUAUGACACACUCCAAAAUGCCAGGGUAUUUACAGCCAUCAGUGUGGCCAGGAGGAAGAAGAAUCUCUCCAAAUUGCCAUCAUGCAGUGUGCUUGGGUAAAAGCUUCCUGUAACAGAGCACCAUAGUGUUUAGUACCA